AUGGACCAAGCUGGCAAUGUCCUCUGUCAAAAAUGUCAGGGUGUCCAGAUUGAUGACACGGUGCUCAGCGAUCAUAUUCGCACACUCCCGGAUGGCAGCAAGUAUUCCGAUAAAACCUGGAGCGCUGGAGAGAUUCUCGUUCCAAUAGCCAGUUGGACUGAUUAUCCGCCCGAAUUCCCCAAGCUGCAGGAGUCGCAUAUUAAAACGGGUUGCAAAUUCUGCAAGUACCUUCGGGAGGCACUUCUCCUCUCCGGGGUUGAGUUUUUGGAAUCUCCUAUACAUAUCCACCUUUCACAUAACUGGUUCAACGAUGGAAGGUUUAGAGAAAUUCAGGAGGGCAAUUAUUCCGGUAUAGUAGGGCAUAUUGAAGAUGGAGAAGCAACGUAUGGCAUGUACUUCAGAGCCGGGUCCGAUGAUUUUCGAAUAUCUCAAUGGUUGGGCAUACAUGGCACCCCAAAGCCGGUCGUUCUAUGUAAAGAGAAUAUACUGUGGGCUGCAAGCUUGCUAGAUAAUCCGGACCAUACUUCAGCUUUACAGGAUCGAGAUGACGGGUUUCUUCCGACUAGGCUGCUUGACAUCGGAGAAACCGGUACACCAAACCCCCGCCUGGUAUCAACGUCAAAAGAAACAGGACCAGUAUCAUAUUGUGCGCUCAGUUACUGCUGGGGGGAGUUGAAUGAAGCUCUUCCACAGCUGACGACAAAGAAAUCGACUUUUCAGCAAUAUUCAUUGCAAGGAAUUCCCUCGCAGCAGUUGACGAAGGUUUUCAAAGAUGCCAUUGACGUGUGCCACUCAUUUGGGAUCCGGUAUCUUUGGAUAGACGCUCUUUGCAUUACCCAAGAUGACCCGAGCGAUUGGGAAAGAGAGACCACGAUGAUGCACCAAGUUUACCGAAACUCAUAUUUCACCAUAUGUGCAUUAUCUUCGAACUCAACCCAUAGCAGCUUUUUGGAGAGGAAUCAACACAUGCUUGAUAUGAAUUUCCUAUCAUCGUUGGAUUCGGAAAUUUCGGGGAAAUUGACCUUGGACUUCCAAAGAAUUAACACAGGUGGGGAAGUUAUGCCGAGUCAUUAUAGAAGCGAUAUUUUCACAGAUGCUGAAUGGUCCUCACGAGGUUGGACAUUUCAGGAAGACCAGAUGUCUCAGAGAGCCCUUUAUUUCACGAACUCGCAGUUGGUUUUUCGGGCUAGAGAUCAAUAUUUCGCCGAAGAUGGAUGGAGCUUUCCAGGAUUCAGGUUUAACCUUAGGACCGUUCCAACACUCGAAAAUUGGUACGGGCAAAUGAUGAGUUUCCGGAGGAGAAAGUUUUCAAACGUAGGAGACGUGUUGCCAUCGCUUUCGGGUAUCGUGAGAGGGUCUAUCAAAUACCAUGGCGAUACCUAUGUCGCUGGGCAUUGGAAAAGUGAUCUUCUCCGGGGGCUACUUUGGCAGUCCAGCACCUAUCGACUGGAGGAAGGUCGGGAGGCUCUCUUGAGAAAUUUGUCAUUUCCUCCGCUGUACAUCGCCCCGUCGUGGAGCUAUUUAAGCAGAACUGAGUAUGGAGCACACGGUAUGAAUUUGCAUCAAGUGGGAAGAGAGGGACACUUUCGCAGCAGAGCCGAAUUUGCGGACGCCUGGACGAUACCUGCAGGACAAGAUCCUUAUGGAAAGAUUCUCGCAGGAACGGCGCGUAUCAGGGGAAGAAUUAUCCCAUGUCCGUCUGAUUUCUCAAAGAUACAUGAUGGCAUCUUUGAAUACGCCGAGUUAUUUCAACUUCAUGUUGAUGGGGCAUAUACUGCUACCUGCCAAUUGGAUUGGCGGGUCAACGAUGAUUGGGAAUCCAGCCAUGACUUGUCCUUGCUGUUGCUCGCAAGCACUUGUCAUCGUCGGGAAGAUGGUCGUCCUACUACUCAUUAUCUUGAAGAGCUAGGCAACAAGAGUGACAGCGGCAGCAGCGAGUCCACUCACGGGGAGCACAACGGCAACGAGCAGGAAACAUUGGCCGAUGAAGAGCUCCCCGUGUCAUUAGCGUUGCUGGAUAUACAAGAAACAGCCGCAUCAGAAACAGAAAACGAAGAGGAAGGAAUGAGCUUUUGCUGUGAGGGUUGCAACGGGAGCAGUCUUCAAAUUUUGAGUGAUGAAAAUGGAAUCGAUUCUGAUGUGCCACCCAGCAAGACUUUGCACGAACUUUGCCAUGUUUGCGGCCACUGCAUGGAAUGCUGUAAAAGCGAAGUAAAUAAUCAUGCGUGGGGCCUGAUUAUCCAUCCAGCUCUGGAGUCGGGACAAUAUUUUAGGGUUGGGGUCUUCACUUCACGGUCGGAUGGCUCUGGAACGAUCUGCGGCACUCGCUUGUUCAAUGAAGCAGAUUAUCAGGAGAUUGAUAUCAUCUAA